AUAAAUGUUGCAGCUGCUCGGUGUUUAGGUCCGUACUGCCUUUAUGAGCUGUAACAGUCACUGUGAAGGUCUGCAGCUUCACUUUUGAAACCAGCGAGACCGUGAACCCACCGGAAGGGACGAAUAUCUCCUUACGCCUCGCCUUAGGAGGUGUAACACUCACCCCGAAGGUCUGCAGCUUAACUCCUGAGCCAGCGAGACUAAGAACCCACCAGAAGGAAGAAACUCUUCACACGUCCGAAUACUAGAAGGAACAAACUCCGGACACGCUGCGUUUAAGAACUGUAAUACUCGCAGGGAGGGUCCGUGGCUUCGUUCUUGACGUCAGUAAGACCAAGAAGCCACCAAUUCCGGACACACCAACACUUGGAGAGGCAAAGGCAAGAGGAUUACUUGAGCCCUGGAGUUUGAGACCAGCUGGGCAACAUGGUGAAACCCCAUCUCUACAAAAAAUACAACAACAAAAAAUUAGCUGGGCAUGUUGGUGCAUGCCUGCAGUCCCAGCUACUCAAGAGGUGGGAGGAUUGCGUGAGCCAAAGAGGUCAAGGCUGUAGUGACCCAUGAUCGUGCUAUUGUACUCCAGCCUGGGUGACAAAGCAAGACGCUGUCUUGGGAAAAAAAAAUAAUGUAUUGAAAAAGUAGGAGAGAGUUGGAAAAGGGCACACAGGGAAGACAGCCAUGUGAAGACUGAAGUGGGUAGAGAUUGAAGUCAUGCUGCCACAAGCCAAAGAACAUCUGAGGAUGCCAGAAGCUGAAAGCGGCAAGGAAGAGACAAGGGAGGCUUCCCAAGAGCCUUCAGAGGGAGCAUGCCCUUCCUGAUACAUAGAUUUUGGUCUUCUAGCCUCCGGAAUUGUCAUUUGCCAUGGCAGGUGUGAAAUACCCGGGACAGGACCCUGUGGAUUUAGACAUAUACCAAAGCUCCCACAUGGUCGACUAUCAGCCCUGCAGGAAGCAGAAAUACUCCAGGGUCACGCCGCAAGAGCAGGCAAAACUCGAUGCUCAACUCCGGGACAAAGAGUUUUACAGGCCCAUCCCUAACCCCAACCCCAAGCUAACAGAUGGGUACCCUGCUUUCAAAAGACCCCACAUGACUGCCAAAGACCUGGGACUCCCCGGCUUCUUCCCAUCACAGGAACAUGAGGCCACAAGGGAGGACGAGCGCAAGUUCACCAGCACCUGCCAUUUCACAUAUCCAGCUUCCCACGAUCUGCACCUGGCCCAGGGUGACCCCAACCAGGUCCUCCAGAGUGCUGACUUUCCAUGCCUCCUGGAUCCCAAACACCAGCCUGCUGCAGAGAUGGCCAAAGGCUACCUGCUACUGCCAGGGUGUCCUUGUCUUCAUUGCCAUAUAGUCAAGGUCCCCAUCUUGAACCGAUGGGGACCCUUGAUGCCAUUUUACCAGUAGGAAGGAUGAAAAUACCUUCCAAAGGCUCUUCCAAGGGCAUGUGGAAAUCCUAUGACCUUGGAGUGCAGAGAGGAGAACUGAAAAUAAAACUGGAAAGAUGUUCCAACUGCA